AUGGCGGCUGCGGUCGUCACUGGCUCCAGAAGUUUACUCAGUGGAGCGACGUCUCCACACGCAGCACAGAGCGCUCGCUCGCCGACUGCUGUCGCGAACACGUCCGGCACCGCACUUGCCAGCCCUUCAGGUGGCCCCAGACUACAACCUCCUCUUCCACAACCUGUACAGCUGCCAACAGAGGCCGAGUCUGAGGAGGACUCCAGCGAUACCGGUGAUGACUCGGAGCAAGAGGGCUUAGGGGUUGCGCACAGGGUGUCUGCGCAUGUAAUGGGUUGGGGGGCGAUGGCCCGAUUCCAACGCCGAGCCUCCGUUGCAGAGCUGCGCGAGCAAGGCAUGUCUGACGGCGAAGCGAACGCCCACGCCGUUGCACAGCAUCGCAAUGAAGUUCUCUUUCACUUGUAUUCGCGGUAUAUCAUGUGCGCAGCCCUAACAGCUGUUGUGCUCAGCGUGAUAGUGUGUGCCUUGUUUGCAUGGCACAUGUGGGAGUUCUGGGUCUACAGGCAUGUCAAGUGCAAUGGCAACUUGAAGAUAAUGACCAGAGUGGUUCUGGGUAUUUCCUUGUUCGACAUCUUAAUGGGCACCAGGGUGUGCUGUACAGAAGUGGACGAGACCAGCCUCCCUCGAAGAUGGAGAAUGAAAGAUUGCUGCAUUGUCCUUUUGCUGCUGACAAUGGGUCUGAAUGUUUGGGGAGUACUUUCGCUGUCGGCUGCGCAGAUCAGCGGGGUAGACGACAUAGCCCUGCUGCCUGACUGUGUCGACGCGGCACCAGGUUUGUAUGCAGCUACGGUCGCACAUGGCGUGGGUCUCAUUAUCUACUCCGUCUACCUGCUUAUCAGCUUCAUAGGUGUCGGCAACCUGCUUGAGACGUUGCUUCGACGUGGUCUCUUGACCUCGCCGGCUGCAGCACCCAAAGGAUGCUUGGAGGACAACACCGUGGAGGUCACCCAAAUUGAUGAUGAUUAUGAAUGUCCUAUUUGCUUGGAAGAAGUGACCGUCGAAAGCGGGGUAAUGACGAAGGAGUGUCACCACAUAUUUCACCGGCAUUGCUUGCAGCACUGGUUGCAGGUGAACAGUACUUGUCCGCUGUGUCGGCUUAGCCUUGUCAAGCGUGACGCCUAUCCGUAA